CUCGCUGCCACCCCACCCAUCGACCACCUCCCGUCACAUCUCAGUUCGAGAGGCUGAAUUCCUGGAUCUCGCUUCGAGGACCUCUGCCCAUCUCGUCUGGCUCGCUUUCUUCCCAACCACUCUUCCAACCCGAAUUGUUGCGAUAACGGAAGGCCUUCCAAGGAAGGCAUAACAAUACCAGGCGUCAUGUCGGACGUCCGGUCCAAGAACAUUUACGAGCUUCUUGGCAAUGAUCCCGAGCUCGACCCCGAUCGGGAGCCACAACCACCUGUCAAAGUCGUAGACAAGACAGCUCCUCGCCAUGGCAAGCGUGACGGGCCGGUCCAACCCCGUGGCAGCAAUCCUGCUUUGUCCCGCGGUGGUCCACGAUACACCGGCAAUGAACGAGCCUUCCGAGAGGGAGCUGCCAACUCUCGUGCCAACCGUUCCAGGCCAGCUGAGGAGGCACCUCGCGCUCCCUACGUUGGUGGAGUAAAGAACCGUGACCAACGCGGAAAUCUUAUUCGCGAGGACCGACGAUCAAAGACUGAUCGAACCAUUACCGGAAAACAGCAUGACCAGGGCUGGGGUGCUUCUACUGGAGAAUCCACCAUGGUCGAUGAGAAGGCUGGGGAAGCUAUUGCUCAAAAUGACGAGAAGGAAGUCGCUACCGAAGCCCAGGAGGGAGAGCAGCAAGAAGAAAAGGAGCCCGAGCCCCAGGACAAGACCAAGUCCUAUGCCGAUUAUCUGGCUGAGCAGGAGCAGAACAGGCGCGAGGACCUCGGCAUCAAGGAGGCUCGCAAGCCCAACGAAGGCUCCAAGGUUGAUAAGAAAUGGGCCGGCGCUAAAGAAUUCAAGCGCGACGAGGAAGAAGACGCCUACAUCAAGGGACGCGAAGAGAAGGCCCGCCGCGAGAAGCAGCGCAAAGAGAAGAACCUUCUCGAUGUUGACAUGCGCUAUGUCGAGCCCCCACGCCGUGGCGAUUUCCGUGGACGUGGCCGUGGCGGUGAUCGUGGUGGACGAGGCCGUGGUGGACGCGGUGAAUUCCGUGGACGUGGUAACGGCGGCCAUGGCCCCACUGUCGACGAGAAGAACUUCCCCUCUCUCGGAGCGGCCAAAUAAACGAUCGUGUAGCUUGAAAUUGCGACGUUGGGUUAGUCCGUACGUUUCGCUAUCUAAGCCGUUGAAAUACGUCUUAAUCUGAAAACCGUUGCAGAACCAUCAAGUGCUACCAGAAAUGUUGUUUUCUCUUUUGUUUUCCAGCAAAGCUCUAGGCGAACAGAAUGGAACGGGGAAAUGCCAAAAAAAAUUCGAGGCCUCUUUUGUGCAAUUAAUUCUAUGAAUCUAUUGUCUCCCUUUCCUUUUUAACCACACCCCACCCCCCCUCCCCCCUUUUUUUUACCGUGGGCUCUGUGUCUCCCAAGACUUACUCAGUGCUGAACUUAAUUUCGUGAAAUGUCAUAUUGGGCUCUCUUCUGUUUUCUUUCAUAUUCCUCGGUCUACGGCCUCAAAAGCAGGGUGAAUGUUGAGCAGUGUAGAAUGAGGGGGGAAACCGUGUGCAAUAUUAGUGUUUUCUCAUAGCUGGGCUGGAAAGAUAUCGUUUAAAAUUCAGGCUCUUCUGUUCAUCCCCUUGAUAUUCCCCCUGCUUUGCAAUUUGACUUGCCGUGGUUGAGUCUUCUUUGCUCACGCAAUGGCUCUUCUCCUCCUUACCAAUCCUCGCAUACCCAACAUGCAGGCUGCUCUUGUGCUUUAUAUGUGUUAAGCCGGCCGGCUACAAGGGCAGAAUAUCUAGGGCCCAUGUCCCUGUCAUGAGGCAGCAUUCGCAGUUUCUGUUUUACCAGUGCAUCCUUCUCGCAUUCUGAUGCCCCUAGAUGAUGGCACCUAUGCCGUCUAAUUGAUACGGGCAUUACCCAGAGUUACGAGAAAGUCGGCAUACCAGUUAUUUACCUGUAUCUGGACGGGAUUCUCCCAUCUGCUUACUGAAUAGGAACCGAAUCCUAUUCUUGUCGGGCUCUAUCUAUUAUUGAUGAUACACGGGAUGUUCAAGGAAAAUUUUCUUUUCAUAUUGUCCCCUGACUCACUCGAUAAAAGCACUUGUCGACUUGCAGGGAAAAGAAAAUUUUCAGUUACUCAACCCAGAGAGAAGAUAUAAAACCCCCUUCUCUUCGACCCUCUUCACUUUUCUUUCUCUUUCACUUGCCGUGCAAAUUUCACAUCUUCAACUCCAAUAAUAACAGCAAUCUAUCAAAUCCCGA